AUGUCAAAUGCUACCCUUCUCUGUCUACGAGAUCUAAUUAACCUUCCUAAUGUCACAUGGUAUGUAACCGUAGCAACCAUAAACAAACUGAAAGCAACUGCAAACGGUUGGCACUAUCAUGCAUGCUUCAAGUGUCCUAAAGUAGUUAAGGGAGAGGCUCCUCCUUAUAUAUGUGUUGAUGGUCAUUCAAUAGAGGUAGAGAUUUAUAGGUAUAAAAUUGAGAUUGAAGUUGUUGAUAAUGGUAGUUCAGCAAUUUUUAUCUUUUGGGAUCGUGAAUGUAACAAAUUAUUGGAAAUAUUUGCUUUGCAACUCCUCAAAACAAUGAUUAAGGUUGAUAUUGAAAUCCACUUGAUUUUCCAUUGGACCUUGAUAAGUUAA